ACUAUUUGGCUGACGCAUGCGUCUUGCAGAACAUGUAUGACGGCGGUGACUGAAUUUUUUUUGCAUACGAAGUUUUGGCUGCUGAAAAGUACGGAAGCAGAAGUGCGUGAAUUAACGUAGUGAGGAAAGCCAAACAUUUGUUAAACACAUAUUACACAUUUAGCGGCUCGCGCGAAUUGCAAACAACACACGUUGAUCGUCGGUUUUUUUUUUCGCACGCAGCAACCUCGUGUAUUUAAUUUUUUUGCGCAUACAUUUACCGAUAUUUUUUGGUGGCCACUCAGACAAGCACAGGCAGGCACACACUAACACAUAUAUAUAUACACAAACACAACCAAAGCAACGACGAAGACAAGAGUGAGCGACGACGACGACGACGUGAAGCGCAGUGAAGAAGAAAAAAAACAAGCGAAAUCGAAAGCAAAAUUUGUCGAGUCGAGUCGAAUCAAAAAUCUUUAAAGUGUGCUAAGCUAAAAAAAUAAGAAUAAGAAUUCACAUUCGAAUUUGAAUAUUAUAAAGUAUUUCCGAAAAUCGAAACGGAAUAGCGCAAAUAAGGCACAUACACACAGAGAGGCCCAUAGAAAACGAAACAACAGCAACAGCAGCAAUUCUGUGGACGGACAGGAAUCGGUAGCAACUAUUAGUUAUUAUCAGCAGUAGCAGCAGCAGCAGAAGCAGCAGCACAACAACAACCACAAAAUGAAUAAAACAGCACAAUUCGAAGCUCCGCUGACCAUUGAGCCAGAGCAUGAGUUGCGCUUUGUUGGUCCUUUCAAUCGACCAGUGGUGACAAUCAUGACCUUGAAAAACAAUUCGGCCAGGACACUGGUCUUCAAAAUUAAGACCACCGCUCCAAAGCGCUAUUGUGUACGUCCAAAUAUUGGAAGGAUUGCGUCUUAUCGUACGACGCAGGUGGAAAUUUGCCUGCAGCCUUUUAUGUACGAUCAGCAGGAGAAGAACAAGCACAAGUUCAUGGUGCAAAGCGUGCUGGCACCGCCCGAAGCGGAUUUGACUGAUUUAAACAAGUUGUGGAAGGAAUUGGAACCUGAACAGCUUAUGGAUGCCAAGCUUAGGUGCGUAUUUGAAAUGCCGCCCAUGGAGGACAAUGCAGAGAAUAAUAGUGGUAGCGGCGCCGCCGUCGUCAGCGGUGCCGGCUCGGCCAGUGCCGGCGGCAGCGUGGGCACCAAUGCGCCGGCAUCUCUCAGCUCUGGUGAGGCGCUCAAGAGCGAUGUAACUGUGUCGUCCGCUCCGAUGAAUAUGACCGAUGCGGAAUAUGCCGCAGUCCUGGCGAAUGAGCUGAAGGAGCUACGCGACUUGAAUGGGGAAAUGCGAAAAGAGAUUCUACAUUUGAAGGAUCAAGUCACACGCUACCGUAGCUCUCCGGCCGCCAAGCAGAUCAAUGAGCCCUAUGCUCCGGUUCUGGCUGAGAAACAGAUUCCGAUCUUUUAUAUAGCCAUUGCAAUUGCUGCCGCCUUUUUUGGUCUGUUGCUGGGCAAGUUUUACCUCUAAAUGCCAUAACAACAACAGCAACAACAACUAUAACAACAACAACGAACACAACAGCAGCAGCAGCCACACAGAAACAAAAGCAAAUACAAACAUUUGUGGCACUCUCUAAAAACUUAACAACAAUUGGUUCAUAUAAUUGCUCAUUUGAACUUAAAAAUAAUUUUCUGUUAUACUAUAUUCAGACUGCAACAGCAGCAGCAGCAGCAAUAACAACAACAACAACAACAGCAGCAGCAACUGCAAAUCACACAAUAUAAAUUCAAAUGAGCAAGAAUAUAAAUUUUUAAUUUGUUUUGGCCAUUGAAAACUACCAAAAUUAUGUAAACAUAUAUACACCCACACAUACACACGCAUACACAAACACAUAAAGGACACAUGGUUAGAUAACGUAAUUGUUAAAGUAAAACAAAAAAUCGAAAAACAAAAAUAACCGUAAGCAAAUAUGCAAAUGCAAAUUGCAUCGCAAAAGUAACAAAAGCAAUAGUAACAACAAAACAAAACGAAAAUGGAAAAAAGAAAACAAAUUCAGUCGUAAGCCGUUAGGAGACAGUACAACUCACUCACUCACUCAUCAAAAACCUGUCUCCCUAUCUCUAUCUUUCUCUGCCGCUCACUUGGUAUACCGCCAGCAGCAAGUCGAUCAUAUGCAUGCAGUGUUCAGCAUGUCGUCUCGCUCUCUUACUCUCACACUCUCUUAUUGUUAUAUUCACACUCACACUCUGUAAUUCAGUUCUGUUGACUGCGGCGUUGCGCGUGCGUUGUUGCUGCUUACACUAAUAAUCAAUGCAUGGCCUCUGCAUACACACACUCACACACGCAUGAUCCAUAUAUUUAUAUGCACACACACACACAUACGCACGCACGCCUACUUAUAAAUGAUUUUUCGUGGAAAGGAAAAGGAAAAGGCUUUUGUUCUUAUAAAUUUGUAUUGAUUUUUAUCGUUUUAAUUGCACUUGCAUUUACUUUUAAAUUCACUUUGGAUUUGCUAACGGUUCAUUUGCGAAGUAAAAGAAGCUACACACACGCAUUAACUGUAAACAAACAUAAUAAAAGAAAAACGUUUUAAAUAAUAAAACAUGCAAAUGUA